UCAUUUGAGCUCAAAUACUUUGCUGUCUACUCUGCAGCUGCCAGACCUGCUCCUGCUGCUGCUCAGGGAGAGCACCUGGGGAAAACCAUUUCUGACCACUGCGAAGAUGAUGAGCUCAAGCUAUUGGAGUGAGAGCAGCAGCAGCAGCUGUGGGACCCAGCAGCCCACGGAGGUGCUGCAGUGUCAGCCUCAGCAUUACCACUGUUACCAUCAGUCAAGUCAAGCCCAACAGCCUCCAGAAAAAAAUGUAGUGUAUGAGCGGGUGAGGACCUACAGUGGGCCUAUGAACAAGGUGGUACAGGCCUUGGACCCCCUCGGCUCAAGGGAAGUGCUCUCCCCACUCAAAACUGCCUCCUCCUACCAAAAUUUGGUUUGGAGCGACCAUUCCCAGGAGCUCCAUUCUCCGACUCUGAAAAUAUCUACUUGUGCACCAAGUACUCUACAUAUAACACAGAAUACUGAACAGGAACUCCAUUCUCCAACAGUGAAAGUUACUACAUAUCCACAAACUACCAUUAGGAGAUACAUAGUACAAAACCCUGAACAGGAACCCUUGUCUCCUUUCCUAAGAGGAGGUCACUUCUUCCCAGGAAACAAUGUAAUUUAUGAAAAAACAAUAAGAAAAGUGGAGAAGCUAAAUACAGAUCAGGAAUGUUGUCCUCAAAUACAAUGCCAUCAUCAUGUCAUCCAGCAACCCCAGAUCAUCCAUUCUCCACAUUGUCAACAGUCUCAUUCUAGCCAUCAAAUCCAGUAUAUAACAGAAAAUGAGUCAAAUAUUGGGCAUGAACACUGUCAUGGUGGGCAAAGCCAGAUACAUGAACAGGUGAUCAUUCAGGAUGAUGGUCCUGAGAAAUUGGAUCCCAAAUAUUUUGGAGAGUUGCUUGCUGACCUAAGCCGGAAGAAUACAGACCUUUAUCAUUGCUUAUUAGAACAUUUGGAGAGAAUUGGAGGAAGCAAACAAGACUUUGAGUCUCCAGAUGCAUCAGAAGACAUUGAGUCAUUGAUUCCUAAGGGGCUGUCAGAGUUUACAAAACAGCAAAUUCGUUAUAUCCUGCAGAUGAGGGGUAUGUCUGAUAAGUCACUGAGACUAGUACUGUCCACAUUUAGUAACAUACGGGAAGAACUUGGACAUCUUCAACAUGACUUGACGUCACUAGAAAAUGACAAGAUAAGACUUGAAAAGGACUUGGCAUUCAAAGAAAAUCAAAUAAAGGAGUAUGAGGAACUCUUGGCAUCAGUGAGAGCAAAUAAUCGCCAACAGCAACAAGGACUUCAAGACUCAAGCUCAAAAUGUCAGACAUUGGAAGAAAAUAACCUUUCCCUUCGACAUACACUAUCAGACAUGGAAUACAAACUAAAAGAACUAGAAUAUUGUAAACGUAAUUUAGAACAAGAGAAUAAAAGCCUUAGAAUACAGGUGUCUGAGACUUGCACAGGCCCGAUACUACAGGCUAAAAUGGAUGAGAUUGGCAACCAUUAUAUGGAGAUGGUAAAAAAUUUGAGACUUGAGAAGGAUAGAGAAAUCAGCAAGCUAAGGUCCCAGUUAAACCAGUACCAAAAAGAUGUUUCAAAAAGAGAAGGAAGUUGUAGUGACUUCCAAUUCAAGCUUCAUGAACUGACAAGUUUGCUGGAAGAGAAGGAUUCUCUUAUAAAGCGUCAAUCAGAGGAACUUUCAAAGUUGAGACAGGAAAUAUAUUCAUCCCAUAACCAACCCUCCAGUGGUGGAAGAACUACAAUCACCACAAAAAAGUACAGGACACAAUAUCCAAUCCUAGGUCUCCUGUACGAUGACUAUGAAUAUAUACCACCAGGAAGUGACACACAGACUAUUGUGAUUGAGAAAACCGAAGACAAAUGGACUUGUGUAAGUUUAUUUGGACAUUUCUAG